CAAACUGAGCACGAGCGGCGGAAGCCUUCCACCCAACGGUCGCUCACGUUUUCGCGCAUGCGCACUGCCACUUCUCACAACUGCAAUAGGCAAACAUGGCGGCGGCCGUCGACAGUGUUGUGAAAGUGCUUGGAGAGCAGUACUACAGAGAUGCCAUGGAGCAGUGUCAUAGUUACAACGCUCGCCUCUGUGCCGAGCGCAGUAUUCUCAUGCCCUUCCUGGACUCUCAGACUGGUGUCGCUCAGUCCAACUGUUACAUCUGGAUGGAAAAGAGACAUCGGAGCGCAGGUGUAGCUCCAGGGCAGCUGUACUCUUACCCAGCCCGGCGUUGGAGAAAGAAACGGCGUUCUCAUCCACCUGAGGACCCCCGCUUGGCUUUUCCUCCCCUAAAAGCAGGUAUCACAGCUGCAGAUUUGGAGCUGGGUUUGAAGCGGGAUGCAUUUGGUGCAGUGGAUGGAAGUAGUCUGGAAGCCCUGCUGAAGGGGGAACCCCUGGACAGGAGGAGUGGCAUAUCUGACAUGCGUGGUCCUGAGGAUGAUCAGGCCACCGUGGAGUCUCCUGCUACAUCUACAGCUACUCACACAUCUUCUGGGCGCAUCCGCAAGAGAGUCUUGGACCAUGAUGAUUAUCUGGAUGAUCUGGAUGAUGAAGACUUUGAAGAUGAGACCCCCAAAAGACGAGGCAAGAGCAAGUCCAAGGGUCGCAGUGACAAGAAUGGCAAGAAGAAAACGGAGGCUGCUGCUGCGGCACUGGAGGAGAGGGACAAGCCUUACGCCUGUGACAUCUGUGGGAAGCGCUACAAGAACCGUCCUGGCCUGAGCUACCACUAUACGCACUCUCACCUGGCCGAGGAGGAGGGCGAGGACCGCGAAGAGAUCGAGGCACCACCCACUCCUCGCCAGCCUGAGGAGCAGAAGACUAAUAAGAAGGGUCCCAACGGGCUGGCACUGCCCAAUGAUUACUGCGACUUCUGUCUGGGAGACUCCACCUUGAAUCAGAAGACUGGCCAAUCAGAAGAGCUGGUGUCCUGCUCAGACUGUGGACGCUCAGGCCACCCAACAUGCCUGCAGUUCACACCAGUGAUGAUGGCUGCAGUGAAGACCUACCGCUGGCAGUGCAUUGAGUGCAAAUGCUGCAAUGUUUGCGGCACAUCAGAGAAUGAUGACCAGCUGCUGUUCUGUGAUGACUGUGACAGAGGUUAUCACAUGUAUUGUCUAUCCCCACCCAUGAAUGAACCUCCAGAGGGGAGCUGGAGCUGCCACCUGUGCCUGGCUCUGCUGAAGGACAAAGCCUCCAUAUACCAGCAGAACCAGAACGCCGGCCCUGAGUGACGUAACCAUAUCAAGUCUCGCCCCCUCUGUGUCGGGACCACACCCUCGAACCAACAUUGUCAAACCUCCUUUCAGCCCAGAGCUCCGGGCUCAGGAUGUAGCAGAGCCAGAUUGCAGAUCAGCUUUAGAAGUCUUAGUAUCUACAGCGACAACAGGGGGACUCCAAACCAAAACAGACCUCAGAUCAGUCAACAAUGGGAUCAAACCAUCACUACCAAUCUGCCUACAAAGUGCCAGAGGCCUGCCGGUCAGCACGUACAUAUUGUUGCUUAAAUUCAGUACAAACACACAAUGUCCCGGACUGUUGCACACACAGAGAUCAUGCAGUAACCAUAGUAACUGCUGUUACCAUAGGAGCUCCCAGGUGCAAAUGGAUUAGCAUCACAGCUGAUUAUCUACUCCCUUUCACACUCAGAGACACGGUGUGGACGAUCAAGACAGAUUUUUUUGCCAAAUCAUCUAUUUUUACUUCUCAAAUGUGGGGAAAAAACAUGAAUAGGGUCAAUGAAUAUUAUUAUCAUUAUUAUUAUUGUUCUUAUUGGUAGUGUUCAAGUGGACUUUUGUAGUGGCAUUUGUCUGUGUACUUUUGUCUGAUUCAUUGGAGCUAUUUAUCUUUCAAAGAGCUUUCCCGCAGAGGAGCUAUUCAGUGCCAACAUCCGUCAUCACAUGAAAUACACGAGGCAAUGAACCACAGAGCUUGUAAUAGUCACUGAAACUGUCUUUGUUUCAUUUAAUACCAGUGAGACAAAAGUGGUCAAAAGAACAAACACCACUACCACCAAACACGGCUUUGGCCUGUUGAGCUGUUAGCACAAAAUAUUUGGCCUUGCUAUUGUAAACCAGUUGCACCAAAACCAGUUUUUAAGGCUAAUUCUGUUACUAGACACAGGUUACCUUGAAAUAAUAGAAAAAUGAUCUUAUUACGUGGGUUUGACAAACAAAACAAACCUGCAGUGUAUUUUUUUUUAAAUUCAUUAGAAAAUAUUUGAAUAUUUUGAGAAAAAAAUACAUUUGAGUCAGAUACUGCUGUUAGUCUAAUAUGUAAACAAGAAACCAUCCUUCUCAAACAUGUUUGGUGCAACGUUUUUAGAAACUGUUGGCAGCGACAUGCCAUUUUUCAUCUUCUUGCUGCCAAGUGGAAAACAGAAUCAUUUACAACCUGUAGCUGCUCUCAUUAUUUGUCACACUGAAGCAGAUUUGCAUGCAGAUUGCACCUGUAUGAAUGCGCACACACUCACAUCAUGUUUUGUUUUAUUAUCAUUUUUACAUUUUAUAUUACAUAAUAAUCCAUUGGUAUUGGGAGUUUUUUCUAGUAGAAUUUUGUAAAGUAUCGUAUAGCAAACACUUCAAGUAUCCAGCUCCUAAUGCAUUCAAUGUACUGUAUUGACCUUUUCUAUUUUUGUUAUAACUGUGACAUGUUUGAAUUUAUUUGAUUAUUCUGAUAUGUCAGACCUCCAUUAUGAGUAUUUGUAAAAUGAUGUACUUUGUUGUACUAUUUUUAUUUUUACAUUUCCUUGGUAUUGAAGCUGAUUUAGCCUGACUGAAAUAAAAAUCAAUUUGAA